AUGAGAAUCUCUACUUUCGUUGCCGCCGCGUGCGCCGCGCUGUCGGCGUCGGCUGUUUCCAUUCCAAUGGACCGUUUGCAGAACGUCCAGCAAGUUUUGUCUGAUAAGGCUUCUUCGCUUUCUUCCCAGUAUGCUGAUAUUAGAGGUGCGUGGGAAAACAAGAAGGGCGAUGUGUUGCUGAAGAUUGCUCAGUACGUGAAGGAGCCAAUUGACGCUAUUCCAAAGGACGCCGCUGCCUUGUGGCUGGAGAUGAUGCUCAAGUUCCCUGAAUCUGUGAGCUCGCUUAAGUUCAAGAACCCAGCUUCUAGCGCUAAGAAGAUUGCCCGUACCUUUGACUUCCACGUUUCUGACGCCAAGUUGCCAAACCACAAGUUGCGUGUCAAGUCUACGCCUGAGGAUUUGGGCAUUGACUCGGUUAAGCAGUACUCUGGUUACUUGGAUGUUGCUGACGAGGACAAGCACUUCUUUUUCUGGGCUUUUGAGUCCAGAAACGACCCAAAGAAGGACCCAGUUAUCUUGUGGUUGAACGGUGGCCCAGGCUGCUCUUCUUUGACCGGAUUGUUCUUUGAAUUGGGCCCUGCUCGUAUUGGCGAGGACUUGAAGCCCGUCAACAACCCUUCUGCCUGGAACAACAAUGCUACUGUUAUCUUCUUGGACCAACCAGUCAAUGUCGGCUACUCGUACUCCUCCGAGUCCGUCACCAACACCGUCGCUGCUGGCCAGGAUGUCUACGCUUUCUUGGAAUUGUUCUUCCAGCAGUUCCCUCAAUACGCCGAGAGAGACUUCCACAUUGCCGGUGAGUCUUACGGUGGCCACUACAUCCCAGUGUUCUCUUCUGAAAUCUUGAGCCACGAUGACCGUCACUUCAACUUGACUUCUGUCUUGAUUGGUAACGGUUUGACUGACCCAUUGACCCAGUACGAGUACUACAAGCCAAUGGCCUGUGGUGAGGGUGGCGAGAAAUCCGUUUUGGAGCCAGAGGAGUGUGACAACAUGGAGGCUUCGAUCCCUAGAUGUUUGUCGUUGAUUGAGUCGUGCUACAACUCUGGAUCUGUGUGGUCUUGUGUUCCAGCCACCAUCUACUGUAACAACGCUCAGAUGGGCCCAUACCAGAAGACCGGCAGAAACGUCUACGACAUUAGAACCGAGUGCAAGGGCGGUAACUUGUGCUACGAGGAAUUGAGUUACAUAGAUGAGUACUUGAACAAGCCAGAGGUGAAGGAGGCCUUGGGUGUCGAGGUGGAGGAGUACCAGGGAUGCAACUUUGACAUCAACAGAAACUUUUUGUUUGCUGGCGACUGGAUGCAGCCAUACCACAAGAACGUGAUUGACUUGUUGGAGAGCGGCUUGCCUGUGCUUGUGUACGCUGGAGACAAGGACUUCAUUUGCAACUGGUUAGGUAACCGUGCAUGGACGGACCGUUUGCCAUGGUCCGGCCAGAAGAAGUUCGAGUCCCAGCCCAUCCGCAAGUGGACCGUUGGCAAGGAGGAAGCUGGUGAAGUGAAGAACUACGAACACUUUACCUUCUUGCGUGUGUACGGCGGUGGCCACAUGGUUCCAUUCGACCAGCCUGAGAACGCCUUGGACAUGGUCAACAGAUGGAUCGCAGGCGACUUUGCUUACAACUAA